CAGUGUGACAUUAUUGGAAGUUGGAAGCCCUUACUGACAGAAAAAGGCCGAUUCUUCGUUUCACGCCGCUGUCUCCGACGAUCGCAAAGCUUCUCCAGCAGGAUCUCUUCCGAAUUCUUGAUUUCUUAGCCAGUCGAGUCCGCAGGCCGAUUUUGGGUCACCGUUAGUCAGCUUUUAGGUCCAGUUCGAACCGAGCCAACGCCAGAAUGUCCGACCGCAAGGCAGUUAUCAAGAACGCUGACAUGGCCGAGGAGAUGCAGCAGGACGCUGUCGACUGCGCCACCCAGGCCCUCGAGAAGUUCAACAUAGAAAAGGACAUUGCCGCCUACAUCAAGAAGGAGUUUGACAAGAAGUUCAACCCGACCUGGCACUGCAUAGUGGGCCGCAACUUCGGCAGCUACGUGACUCACGAGACGAGACACUUCAUCUACUUCUACCUGGGCCAGGUGGCCAUCCUGCUCUUCAAGAGCGGCUAAUUCCAACAACUCGGUGUUAAGCUACUUCACAAAUAAAUGUUAAGAUAAGAGUUUAAAUUAAAUCGAAAAAAAGCAAAAAACGAGAAGUCCACCCUCACACGACGGCUUUGUGUUUUCUUGGCCAGGGGCCGCGCGAAAGAGCCGCUGGUAGUCAGUGUACAGUGGUUGAAUGUGAUAAUUUUGCAUACUUGAUUGAUUGAUUGGUAGCAUUUACCAAGCAGCCCCCUGACAACUUGUCACUCUCUGUGUCUCUUUCCUCUCGUUUUGAAAAUCUCACUACUUAUUAUUUACUUUUUUAUGUCCAUUUAACGUUAUGUUUGGCUUGAGUAACUGCGACAUGAAUAAGUUUAAAUAAAACCCCAACUGCUUCCCUA